AUGUCUCCACGACCACCGCCCACGCUUAUCAAGGGCUCUCUGGCGUCUGGCGAGGGAGUCCUUAUACUCGGCCUCUUUCGCUCAGGCACUAAAUCACUUUAUCACGCCAUGCGCAUCCUAGGUUACGAGCAUGUUCACCACGCCUCGGAAGAUCACGACGGCGACAGCUGGGAUCGGAUCGCCGAGGCGGCGCAUGCCACAUUUCCGAUUCUCAGCCGGCUCAAGGAUAAGCCGAAGCCGGCAGGGUUUGGGAAGGCCGAGUGGGACUGCGUCUUUGGCGAGUUCCAGGCCGUGAGUGACGUCGCUUCCGUCUUCGCGCCGGAGCUGAUAUCGACGUACCCGGGCGCCAAGGUGGUGCUGGUGCAGCGGGACUUCGAGAGCUGGUUCUCUAGUGUCGACAUGGUCUUCAUCAGCUCCAUCCUCGACCCGCGCAGGAAGCUCGUGUACGACCUCGUGGUCAGGCCAGUGAGAAAGCUGCACUUCUACGUCGGUCUGCGGAGCAUCUGCAUGGGGCUGUUUGGGGCGACCACGGCAGAGAAGGCGAGGCGCAGGGCUAAAGAGGUCUGGGAGACGCAUCACGAGACGGUAAGGAGGAUGGUGCCCAAGGAGCGGCUACUGGACUUCAAACCGGGUGAGGAGUUGUCUUGGGAGAGACUUUGUGCAUUUCUGGGGAAAGAGAUUCCCGCCGACGUGGGCUUUCCGUGGGUGAAUUCUAGGGCGGCCUGGGUUGGAGAGACGGCGCAAACGGAAGACAGGAUCGUGUCCGGUUGUCUAAUUGCCUGGGCCUGGUACACAUUGCCUGUUUUCAUGUUUUGUGCCGGAUAUUAUGUUGCCAAGUUGACAUAA